UGCUCACUCGAACGCAACAAAAAAAAAACGUACAGAAAAAAGAAAAGAUUGUCUCUAGCAUAUACAUGAAUUCUACCCAAUCCCAGGCUUCUACUAAUUCUAAACCCGUCUUGCAUGGUGUAAAAAUUAAACAAAGAAAAGGUGUUCAAAAAGCAAACGCUAAGCACGAGCCUGAGAUUUUUAGAGAUCAAUUACUUGUCCAUUUUAAGACGAUCAAAGAAGGUGAUUUUGAAGCUGUCUCUGCCAAACUAGAUACUCUCGGAAACACACUUGACUAUCGUAAAUACGGUGACUCUCUUUUUGAAGUUUUGAUUACGGGUGGUAUUUUAGAACCUGGAGGAAUUAUUGACGAUGAUGCUGAACGAAGCCCUUUCUGCAUUUUUGCAGCAGAAGAUGAUGCCGCCGUGAUUAAGAAAUACGUUGACGUCUUUAACAAAUUGAUUCGUCGUUACAAGUAUUUGCAAAGAAUUUUUGGUGAAACCUUGCAAAACAUUUUGCAGUUUAUCAACAAAUGGCAAGCAGAAGAAAACUCGAAAUUGGCCAAGGCCACAGGUCUCCUUAUCUGCAGUCAACUUGUGCCUUCUUCUGUGCUCAAGGUGUUGUUGCAAGACUAUUUAGUCAAGGACGGUCAUGCCUUGAACUUCACGACGACUGUGUUCCGUACCGUGUUGGAUGAACAAAGUAUUGAACAGUUGGGUCGUGCCUUGACUGCCGAAGGUUUGAAUUCCCGCCUGAUCGAAUUCUUCCCUCCCAACAAGCGUGAUGAAGACUGUUUGGUGCGUCACUUUGAAGCUGAGGACAUGAAGGAAUUGGUUGACUAUUACCGUAGAAACAAAAAGAACUCCAUCAAGGGUUUUCUUUUGAACGAAUUGUCUGAAAAGAUGCAAGAUGAAGAUGCUACGGAUGCUGAAGUAUUGAGUCUGAUUAAGAGCAGUAUCAAGGAUGCUGGUUUAACAGAAGCUGAUGUAGUAGCCAUCAUUUGGCAGUCUUUGAUGAGCACAGUUGAUUUACUCAAUACCCGUGCUGACCAAAUUGAGUCUCAAGUAUUGCGUUCCAUCACUCAAUGGUCCAAAGUGUUGGAAGCCUUCUGUAGUUCUCCCAAAACUGAAAUUGUCCUUUUACAAAAGGUUCAAUCUACUUGUUAUGAAGAUGUCAAGUUGACCAAAUACUUUCGUCGUUUGAUUCAGACGCUUUACAAGAACGAUGUCUUGUCCGACAAUGCUAUUCUUUACUGGAAUGACAAGGCUCAUCUUGCUCAAGGUAAAACACUCUUUUUGAAGCAAAUGGAACCCUUUGUUACUUGGUUAAGAGAAAAUGAAGAUAGCAGUGAUGAAGAAUAAACAA